GGCCUUUCCCGAAGAUACAUCCGUAGCCACUUUGGCUCAAGUGGGCCGCUCGGGGCUCCCGAGCGCUGCGCGGCAGACCCCGCGCAGCCCCUCCCGAACCCGGGGCCUGGCCCUGCGCGCCGCCCUCGCGCGCCGCGCUGUGGAUGAGCCCGCGCCGCGCUGUGGAUGAGAUGUGCCCUGCGAGCCCCGCCGUUUCCGGCAAGCAGCCCCAGCAGGGGCGCGCUGGAGCAGCCGCGGGGCCGACCAGGGCGCCGCGCAGGGCCAGCAGCCAGGACUUGGCCGCGCGGAGCCUCUUCAAGAAAACCACGCUAUGCCGCUUCUACACCCUGCGGCGUGGGUGCGAGCGCGGGUCCUCGUGCCCCUUCGCCCACGGCGAGGAAGAGGUGCGGAGCAAGCCGGACCUCACGAAAACGUCCUUGUGCAAACUGUGGGCCCAGGGCCGCUGCCCGCACGAGAGCUGGCAGUGCCCGUGGGCCCACGGCGCCUGCGAGCUGCAGCGUGUCCGCUUGGAGGCGCGCAAGCCCGACCCCGGCGACGUGGCUCUCACGGGGGGCCCGUCCGAGGCGGGCAGCAAGGACCAGUGUGGCGUGAGGCUCGGCGACCUCGCCGACGACAGGGCCAGCAGCAGCGGCCUUUCCAGGGGCGACGCGGUGGACGUCCUCCUGGACGCGCUCGCGGGCGGUGGCGGCAGUUCGGCCGGCGAGGAGAAGACCGGCAAGAGGCAGGGUGCCCCAGAUACCCAAAAGCAGCGCUCGCGCUUCUGCGUACAGUGCGGCGCUUCGGGCCACUCGCCCGCAGCCUCCUUCUGCGUGCAGUGUGGCUGCGCCCUGGCGGAGUGCAGCAGUGCCGCGACGAGCUCGCCGCAGGGCGGCUGCGCAGGGGGCACUCCCGCGGCCGCGGGCGUCCCAGUCGUGUUCGGCGACCCCGCCGCGGCCAUGCUUGGCCCGUGGCCCAUGGGCGUCUGCGCCGCGCCCGGCACGGUCAUGUUGGUGCCGGCGGCUUCGCAGGGCUGGAUGGUCGCUCCUCCAGCGGCCCAAAUCGUCGCGCUCGGCGACGUUUCCCCCGCCGCGGGCGGCAUGGUCGGAUACGGGCUCUGCCAGUUCGCCGUGGAGCCCGGCUCAGCGCCGGCGUGAGCAUGGAGGCCCUUCCGCCCGCUCUCCCCUCUCGCCCCCCCUCUCAUUAUCAUCUUCGUGCCCAUCUUCCUCUCCUCUCCCCAGCUUUCCUCCCAAGCAGUGGCGCCGACGUGUGAUUGGAUUGGCCUGGCUGGGGCCGCGGGGUUCAUGAAGCAGUCCUUCGAUCAUUCCUGCUGCUGCCAUGUCAGAGCGUGCCUUCGUUCCCUUGUGAGAAAUGCAAGCGGCCCCGACUGGCACGUAUCAGUUGAACUUAAAAUUUGUUUCAGCAGUUAGCAGGCGCCAGAACAUGGCAGCAGCAGUACCCAUCCGCCUGACCGCGUAGCAGCAGUAGCGUGUUGCCACGGAACCGUGACGGAUAUAUGAUCACGACGUGACAGCGCGUGCCCCGUCAGAUAUGUUGCACGGCGCAGUGGGAUCUUUGUUUGAUCGUGUUCGGUGUGCCCUCAUGUGCAUCAUCGUCAUCAUCAGUUCCUUCAUCAGUGUGCUCUCAUUCGCUCGCUGACUCUUCGCUGACUGUUUCAAGUUGGACGUGCCUUCUUCGAGGAGGGCAGGUCUCACGUCCGACCUGGCGCUCGGAAUUAUUACGUUUCAAGUUUAGCCUAUUAUCGAGAGCAGUUCAUCACACGACACGCUUCAAUGAAAUGACAUCAAGCAUGUACGAGCUGCAGCUUCUCGAAUUGUGGCUCCUCUAUCCGGUGCCAUUCACAAAUGCUGAUCUGCUGCCCGUGAUUGCCCCGUUUUCGGGAUGCACUGCAGCUGUUGCGCUCAUCAUCACGGGAUAGCUCUGCAACCGAUCUCUGUGCAGGGCGGGGACCGCUCGGCAGAGCUCCGUUAUGGGGCAGCGUAUUCUGCGAGACUCGAGCUUGCAUGGUGCGGAUGCGCGGGGCCCAUUCAGUUGCGAGGGAGGGAGGAGGGAGGAGGGAGGAGGGAGUCACAACAGCGGGGGCUAACGCCCGAGGCGCCAGAAAUGGCUCGCGCGGGUGCCCCGAGGGCUCGCGCGGGGCAGCGCGGCGGCGGCUCGCUGGGGAGCGUACUCUUCCUAAUUCCCCGGUGGGGAGCAGGCCCCCCUGGGGGCGCUGCAGUGCACGCGGCUAGGAAUCAUUUGGCGUGCUGGUCUCGCCGCAUCGGACGGGGGGGAGGAUGCGCAAAAGGGCGUCCCCCUCAGGGGCCGAGGGCCGCAGACGCCGGACCCGCACGCGAGGAGGCAACGAUUUUUUAAGUGCUCGGACGCCCCCUCCCUCCACCCCCUGAUGCGCGCCGCCAAAAACGAAUGGAGGGAGGACGCAGGUCCAAGUUGGCGCAGGUGCCAGAAUUUGCUCCACGCUCCCACCAUUUUGUCUCACUUUGGGGAGCAAGUGUGGUGCUCCUCCGUUUGAAGAAUCUGCCACAUCACACGUUCGCCCAAGUCCUCCCUGCGCCCUCUCGCCCCCGCUCCCUCGGAUACUCCUCUUGGCCUCCUCGCCCUAUCCUAUACUGCGCUCCGGCAUGCGCGAGUUCUCUGCAAAUGGUCUGUUGCGAGUCGUCUCGAUUCUAGUGAGGGUGAGCUCCUCGGCUGCGGCAGAGCCAGGUUAGAGCCAGGGGCAUGGCGAUCGAAAGGCCAAUGGAGGAGGCGCCUGCCACGCUGGUGCGCCGCCGUCAGGCCUGGCCUCAGCAGAGCACGCUCCUGGCGAGCAGACGUGAUUGCCAUGUCGUCGAGGGGAAUUCCACAGUCGCGACGAGAGUAACGAUACGAUCAGAAUGUUGGCGAAAAAUGUGCUCCCUUGACGAGAAGAAGGGCACGAAGGAGAUGGGCCGUGGAGGGACGGCGGGGGUCCCGCCCUCUACGGCGCUGCGCACCGGGCCGUGGCGGCAAGGCAAGCGUAGGCGCGGCUUCGGUGGCUGCUCGCACGCUCGUCCAGCGCGUCCUCUGGCCUCCAGCAGGUCGUGGCAGCGCUGCACACCGGGAGUGCGACGGGGCCUGCGUGCCUUCUCGGGGGUUCUGCUCGCCACACGUCGGCGCGAUCCCGCCGCGAGUCAUGCAGAUUGCGUGAGCCUAGACUUUAUAAAACUCACCGUAUGUGCCCGCGCCCUUGGACGGCAAGAGGCGAGUCGCCUUCCCGUCCUAGCAGGGCACAUCUGGCGAGAGAGAGAAAGGAUGCUGCUGGUUUGACUCGUUCUAGUCUGAGGUUGCCGCGCUGGCAGAAUGCUUGACGUUUGUGUGACAGGUCAGGGAUGGAAUCGGUGUGCACGCUCAGUCUCACUGCCGGCUAGAUUCGAUAGAUGCCAGCUUAUUCUCUAUUCGGCAGAAGUUGGCGUCUAUUUUGUUUUAAAAUCUGUCCACCCCAGUGGCAGCGCACUGCCAUGUCGCCCAGCGAUGGAGAAACAA